CACGGAAUCCUACUACAAGACAAGACGAGACGUCCCAGAGAUUCUGUUGCAUUUCCAUUUACUGGUCUUGGCUACAUGCCCAUCGCAGACGCUCAAGCAAAUAUCGCCCUGUUGGCAUUAACAUAGAGACGAUGAUUCUGUUUGUGCCAUCCCAAUGACUUGGCAAUGGAACAUAGAUCCAUGCUCCGACAGAGCCCGGCUAUCUCGUCACUCGGCGCUAUUAAAUGGAAUGCUUCCUUCAUCCACUGGCCUCGAAAACGGCAAAAAAACGCAAUUAUCCCCGCGAAAAAAAAAAGCAAACAAAAAAGUGGUAUUUCAUACCCAACUCCGUCCAGAGCAGCGUCUUCAUCCAGCUUGAGGGGUGAAGGCGAGGAAAUGUAGUCCACCCAUUCAUGGCCAUGUAAAGUAAAGUAGC